AUGGCGGUUACCGUCUUACCACCCAGCACGAUGUCCGAAUCCAUCAAGCAGGCCGUGCGAUCAACGUCAACAUGCUCCGACGCUACCGUGUUGUCCCUCCAAACUCUCCUCCGCGGAUCGUCAAAGGUGCCCGAGAAGCCUGUCCGAAGAAAUACAAAGUCCAGCAAGGAAGUUCCUACGACGACAAUUCGGGCGAAGACAUCCAGAACGACGAUAAAGACGCGAACUACAACCGAGACGACGUUGCAUAUUGUUGAACAGGAUGGUCCUGCGUUGUCGGCCCAGGAGAAGCUCGUGCUUGCUACGGAGGUGUUCAAUGUGACCCUGAAGACAUUGACGGACGCGUCGAAAUUGUCGGCACCCAAGCGCCAACCUACAAACUUGGACAAUGUCUCGAUCAAGUCGGGGAGGACCAAUGGGACAGCUGUUGUGGAUAAAGGCGUGUAUGCGGCUGCCGAAUGCGCGAGGUUAGCUUUGGCGACGUUACGAGCUCUUAAAAACGACCAACAAUCACCGAAUGAAAUACCGAAUAUGCAACUCGAGCAGGGCGCGUGCGUGUUGGCGGGGAAAUUCAUUUCUUUGGGAUUGAAUGAGAUGGCGUGUAAGGAACUCCGUUCUUUGAAGAGGAGGAUACAGCAACAUCUGGAUGCGAAACAAGCUGGGAGGAAAGUUGCUUCGAACAAGGAUGGUGGUGCGGAUGAAGAUACGGGUAAAGAGCGGAUGUCUGAUCUUCUCACGUUCUCGAACGUCGCCAAUGGGGAAUCUUUGUACGGAUUACUGGUUUCAUACCACGCAAAUGCGAUGCGGCUUCUCGUUGCUGAGAAGAAACCAUCGACUACCGAACGACUCGUGCCCUUCCUGCAGAUCUCUGAUCAGAGUAGUCCUGCAUUUAUCAUUUCUGCGGCUAUGGAAUCCGGGAAUUUGACCAACGACAAGGCUGCUCUCCAAUUGCAGCUCCUCUCCAACACGGUCCUGUCCCUAUGCGCCAACAAGUCCUCCCCCACCGACGAACCGACAAGCAAGGAUACAUUGAAACCGAUCACAAAUCUCAGUUUACAACUUCUUUCUCUUGAGAUUCGCUGCUUGGGGUGGAAAACAUCCGGCCAUGCCUGCGAUGAAAACAAGGAAAUGAUCGAUCCGCUUCUGCGCUACCUCGGUGGCUUCUCCCAUCGCAGUAAGAGCAUUGAGAAGGCGGAAUUUGUGUCAAUCUACAAGACAAUCACCCGCAUUCAAAGUUCAAUGGCGGAAAUCAAGAAACAGCACCAGGACGCCAAGGAUAUGAACUCGACUGCCAAGAUCAUGACCAUCCUUGGACAGCUCGCUGUGGAUGCUGGGUGUCUUGAUGAGUCGUUGAAGCUCUUUUCCAAAGCGAUUGCUCCGCUGUUUAAUUCGCAGAGCCUUCCUCUGGCUACUGUUCGUUGCAAGAUUGCUUCUGUCUAUUUUCAGGGCCUGAAAGGUUCGAAGAGGUUCCUUGAUGGAGCUUUGGCAGCUAUCACUGAUGCUAGUGGUGCAUUGGGAUUACAGUUACGAGGUAGUGUGAAUGAUUUGGAUGAACUGGUGGUUGAAUCUGCCAAGUUGAAGAAGCUUGCUCUGUCUUGGUUUGGCGAGACAAUUACCAAGCCCGCGGACAGUGAUAGCGAGAAGAACCAGAUCGCUUCCCAAAUCCGGGAAUAUCUCCAAGCCUUUUUGAGGUUGCUGCGGCGCUAUGUUGGACGUGCUCCGGCAGAGGAUAGUGAUGAGAAGGAGAUUGAGAUGUUCAAGGCUCGCAUUGCGAUGUCCAAGAGCAUUAUUCUUUCAGGUGUGGACUCGGCUGUUGCUAUUGGACGACUGUCAAUCAUGUCUCAGAGACCGCCAUGGGAAGAUAUUCUCCCCAUUUUGACGGAUUGCCAUCGACUACUCACGAGUAUCGAAGCUACAGGGGGAGAUGGUUCAGAUUCAUCCCUGGCCGAAAGCAUUGGUGCUGCACUCGUCAAACUCUCUAAUCUCUUUUGGUCUCGUUACAUCAAGGAGAAAGAGGCUGGUCAGGGCUAUCGUGAGCUUCUCCCUCUACUCAAGCAGUCAACUCAGGUGCUUUCUACUUGCUCGCCCGCCCAUCGAACUACCGCAUUCGCCGCUCUCAAGUUUGAGAGAACUGCACAUCUGUACCUGGAUGGUAAGAAGUUUGAUGAUUCCGAACAGGCCUUCAGGUGUUCUCUUUCCGAAUACGUCAGUGCGGGCACUCUUGAGGAUAUCGCCAAAGGUAACGCAGGAGCUAGCCCUAGCAUGCUGAACCAUGACCCCCAGAGUCCUGGGUUUAUGCUCAGCCGCGUUCUUUCUGCCUUUUUGAAGACCAAACUACGAAAGAAGGCUAAAUCAGUGUCUGUCUAUGAUGACGAGGAGCUGGAACCUAGACGAAGAGGCAUGCUGCUCGAAUGGCAGAUGGGCCUCCUUUGUGAUCUCCAUGGCUAUUGCGCGAGCGAGGAUGCCUUUCAAUCAAUCCUCAGCCCGGUGGUAACCAGUACUCUCAACAUUUACUCCGCUGACCACCACCCCAUUCGACACGGCCGAGUCAUUCUCUCUGCUCUUCGUUUCCUGUUAGAACACCCCAAUGCCAUGAAUGCUGAUCUGACAGCAAGACUCAUGGAAGAAGGAAUGGAAGCUCUCAAGUGCGACAAGGGAGUCGGUCAGGACACAGACUUGGCUCCAUUCGCAACACAUAUCACAAACUCUCUCCGCGUCAUCAUUGGCUUUCAUCAAGGCAAGAUGGAUGCAGGUGAACUCGACGACACCCUUUCAUCUUGGACCUCUAUGGUUCGACAGUGCCCCGACUCCAAAUCGUUGCUUCUUUGCGUCACAGAUACCGAGUACUGGGUGCUUCAGCUUAAGGCUUUGGUGGAUUACACCGAAAUCCACGGCCUUUGGAAAGCUCAGCUCUCGGCCCUUGAAUUGAUUCUCCGUGCAGCAGAGCUGCUGCAAUCUGGUGACCUCUCGGACGGAAUUGUUAUCCUUGCUCGACUGGUUUUGCAGCAUUGUCGCCUUGGCCAUUGCCAGAAGGCUGGGGAUCUGCUUGCACGUGGCGAGAAGUAUCUUGCUCAACAUGAAGUUUCCUUGCUGGCGACUAUUUCGUACAAACUUGCUCGGGUUGAGUAUCUACUCGAGACAGGAGAAAUUGAGAAAGCAGCGGCCACUCUCUCCGCGGCUAGAAUCCUUUAUCAGAAGGGUCAGAGCUCAGAUGAGCUCCGCAAUUUGACUGUUUUGUCCAAGAUAUCAUGGGAACGUUUGGUGGCAGAUGCUGCCUUUGUUCAGUCCCGGCUGUCGACUGCGCAGGGCUCCAUGACCAAUGCGUUGUACUUUGCCAAAUUGUCUGUCAGACUCAAUUGCCGGAUCUGGGCGAAAGUGGAAAAGCUAGCUCAAAGGAAACAAGAUCGAUCAUUGCCUUCCAAUGGUGGCUCGGAUGUCGAGGCUGUCGCCGAGGGUGUGGCUAAGCUUGAUCUGUCCCAGAACGGGCUCUCACCUGAUACAUCUGUCAGUUAUGUCCAGGGAGCUCCGUUCUGGCCACACCUUGGGUCCCAUCACACCUGCCUACUGAAUCUAGCAACUUUAUCCGCCCACCAUGGCCUGUUUCAGGACGCCAUUUACUAUGGAGAACAGGCUUUGAAGAUUGAUAGGUCACUGGAUGCUAAUGUACGACUUGUUGCUGCUCAAACCCAGCUUGGCUGUUACUGGAUUCUUGGCGGCCAUCUGAGCGAGGGACAAGAUCUUCUUGCUGCGGCUUCUGACUCGUCCAAACAACUUCAAACGAGCGUCGAGACUGUUUCCCUGCAUAUGGCUCUCGCUUCGCUUUAUCGAGUGCAAGGACAACAUGAGAAAGCGCUUCGUUUGCUUCAGGAAGCGGAGAAGGCUAUUGCAUCUGUUACUUCUUCUGAUGCAGUCAGCACCUCCGAAGGUCCAAAUGUUGCUGUCCUUGAGGAGAAGAUGGCAAAGUUGCAAGUGCGCAGCAGUAGGCGAACAGCAUCGACUACUACCGCUGCUGCUGCUUCACCUGUGCGUCGCACUCGGGCGACUAGCUCAGCUGCUGCAUCCCGGACUACAAAAAAGACAUCCACUUCCAAAACACCGAUGCCGGAGGUCCAGUCCAACUCCCUCCUCCGAUUGAAGGGCGACGUUCUUCGUCAGCAAGCUGAUUGUUUGCGUGCUCUUCGCGACUUUGACCGCUCCGCCCAAACCCUAACCGAAGCCCGACAAUGCGCAAUCGCCCGCGAGAGCAAAGUCUCCAUCGAGAUCGGCGAAAGCGAACACCUCCUCGCGGACGCUAUUCGCCAUUUCGCCAGCCACGCCGUGUACUGCGUUCUCCCCGAAUCGACCAUUUCCCUGCCCUCGCUCAAGUUCCCAGUCAAGGGAGGUGAAGAGCCAACACCGCAACCUGCGAAGCCUACAGCCUCAAAAAGGACACGCGCUCCGCCUAAGACUACGCGGGCUAAGGCGCAGAAGGCCAGCGAGGACUUUUCCAUUAUGCUUUCCAAAGCGAGCGAGUGUCUGACGAGUGUUUUCACUGAUGCUACUGUUCUUGGUUCGACUCUGGAGAGUCAUGCUGCGUCUCGCCUUAUGAGUCGGAUUUCUAUGCUUUCGCAUGCUACUACCCCUGGAGGGCCUGCUACCUGGGCGCAAUCGCCUGCGAAUAUGAAUGAAAUCGGUCGUGUUGGGGCAUUUGCUCGAGAACGGCUGGCUAUUGACUUUGACCGACAACUGGCCGACUUUGCCGAUCCACUGCUGUGGCCAACUACUUCACCGACGACCAUCGAAAUGAACGAAGAUAUUUGCACCAACUUUACCGAGAACUACGUCGAUAUUCUUCCUCAAAACUGGAAUGUUCUCUCCCUGUCAUUGAGCGCAGACCAAACCGAGUUUGUCGUCUCACGACUGCAAAAGAAUCGCUCUCCAUUCCUUCUUCGACUUCCCCUGCGUAGAGGAACCUCGGACGAUGAUGAAGAAGAGCAGUUUACUUUUGAGGAUGGCAAAGCGGAAAUGCAGGAGCUUAUCAAGCUGGCUAAUCAAAGUGCGCACGCUGCGAAAGCCCAGACUAAUAAGCAAAUGAAGAAGGACUGGUGGAAAAAUCGGGAAGCACUUGAUUCUCGAAUGGAGAGUCUCCUCCAGAACAUUGAGAAUGUCUGGUUUGGAGGUUUCCGGGGUAUUUUCUCGCCGCUUGCACGCGAUGGUGAUGCUUUUGCGAGAUUCGCGACUUCUUUUCAGGGUAUUCUUGACAAGCAUCUGCCCUCUCGCCAAAAGGGGGGUAAAGCUUCCUCGCCCCGUCUCACUCUGCAUCAGAACGUUGUGGAACUGUUUAUUGGUCUUCGCGAUCUCGAGGCGCAGGAGGAGCCUGAAGAUAUCUUGAUGGAUUUGCUUUACUUUGUAGUGGACAUUCUUCAAUUCCAGGGCGAACGCAAUGCCUAUGACGAGAUUGACUUUGACAUGAUGGUCGUCGAUACAUUAGACGCAUUGCGAGGGUAUCAUGAAGCUGCACGGGAAGAAAUCGCUACUCAUUCCCCCAGCCACACGGUCCUCGUCCUCGACAAAGCUUUGCAUUUGUUCCCCUGGGAAUCACUCCCUUGUCUGCAAGGUUUCCCCGUCUGCCGCGUCCCAUCUCUCGAAUGUCUCCGCGAUCGAGUCCUCAAAUUCGGCACCUCCCACUCUGGGGCGCUCAUCAAGCGUACCUCGGGUUCCUACCUGCUCAACCCGACAGGCGAUCUGCGCACGACACAGGCAACCUUUGAAGGGGAUCUAUCUAAACUAGAUUCCUGGACGGGAAUGACCAACCGCGAACCAUCCGAAGAUGAAUUCCGCGCCUAUCUGGAAACAAAGGAUCUAUUCCUGUAUUUCGGUCACGGCAGUGGCGCGCAGUACAUCCGCGGUCGAACCGUCAAGCGAUUGACGAAAUGUGCUGUUGCUUUCUUGAUGGGUUGCAGUAGCGGUACACUCACCGAGGCGGGCGAGUAUGAGCCCUACGGUACACCGAUGAAUUAUCUUCAGGCGGGGAGUCCGGCACUUGUUGCGACGUUGUGGGAUGUUACUGAUAAAGAUAUUGAUCGGUUUGCGACGUCUACGUUUGAUACGUGGGGGUUGGUGGAGAAGAAGGGGAAGACUUCGUCUGCGAGGAGUGGGGAUGAUGUUGCUGGUUUGGAUACGGCUGUUGCUGGGGCGAGGGCUUCUUGUGUGUUGAAGUAUUUGAAUGGUGCUGCGCCGGUGGUGUAUGGUGUUCCGGUGUUUUUGGAUUGA